UGUUUUUAGCCAUCUAGGCUCUGAUAGGGGCACUUGUUCUUGCUGUUGGAAUUUAUGCUGAAGUUGAAAGACAGAAGUAUAAAACCCUUGAAAGUGCCUUUCUAGCCCCAGCAAUUAUUCUAAUACUCUUGGGCAUUGUAAUGUUUCUUGUAUCCUUUGUGGGUGUAUUGGCUUCUUUAAGGGACAACAUAUGCCUUCUUCAAGCAUUCAUGUACAUCCUUGGUAUUUGUCUCUUCAUUGAAUUGAUUGGAGGAGUUGUGGCACUGAUCUUCAGAAAUCAGACAAUUGAUUUUUUAAAUGACAAUAUCCGAAGAGGAAUUCAGAAUUACUAUGAUGAUCUGGACUUCAAAAACAUAAUGGAUUUUGUUCAGAAGCAGUUUAAGUGUUGUGGUGGGGAAGAUUUUAAAGAUUGGUCACAGAAUCCAUACCAUGAGUGUUCUGCACCAGGGCCAUUAGCCUGUGGAGUGCCUUAUACUUGUUGUAUCAGAAAUAAGACAGAUAUUAUGAACACUAUGUGUGGAUAUAAAACUAUUGACAAAGAGCGUUUGAGUGUUCAACACAUUAUAUAUUCCCGAGGAUGCACACAUGCAGUCCUCAUUUGGUUCUUAGACAACUACAGCAUCAUGGCUGGUGUCCUGCUUGGCAUAUUGAUUCCUCAGUUCCUUGGAGUGUUGUUAUCUUUACUUUACAUAACUCGUGUAGAGGAUAUCAUUGCUGAACACAAACUUGAUGAGAGUCUUCUUGAAGGAGCGCAGCAGAAAUCAGAAACUGGAAUUGAAGGCGCAGGUUGCUGCAUGUGUUAUCCUGAGUAAUAUAGUGGCCAUGCAAGACCUCAAGUGCUGUUUAAAAAAAAAUAAAAACAAAUUUUGUGA